CACGAUCGCAACGACACAGUUUCAGCCCACGGAUGCACGCAAAGCCUUCCCUUGUUUUGAUGAACCACAACUUAAAGCAACAUUCACUGUCGUGCUCGUCCACCGACCUGACUAUAUCUCCAUCUCCAACAUGCCAAUCACUAAGAGCGAGACAAAAGGUGGCAAAAUGUAUGACUACUACAAGAAAACGGUCAUUAUGCCAACGUACUUAUUGGCCUUUGUGGUGUGUGACUUUAAGUACAAAGAAAUCACGUCCAAAAAUGGAGUGAAGAUGAGAUUCUACGCCCCACCAGAUCAGGUCGACCAGUUGGAAUAUGCUGUAUCAAUUGGAGGCAAAAUUAUGACAUUUUUUGAGCAAUACUACAACAUCAGCUACCCGUUACCCAAAUCUGACAUGAUAGCAAUUCCAGAUUUCGCGGCAGGCGCCAUGGAGAACUGGGGACUAAUAACGUAUCGUGAAACGGCGUUGCUAUGGAAGAAUGGCUCGUCUUCUGAGACCAAUAAACAGAGGGUUGCUACGGUAAUCGCUCAUGAGCUAGCACAUCAGGUAUUAAUAGUUUUCACGUCGGCCAUGUUGGAGGAAUUUAACAAAAGAAUUAACGAACAGUUCGUGAUAUCUGACAUGGCAACAGCGUUCAGUCUUGAUGGCCUAGCGUCCUCUCAUCCAAUCAAAGUCGACGUCAAUCACCCUAAUGAAAUCAACGAGAUAUUUGACUCCAUUUCUUAUAACAAGGGUUCAAGUAUACUGCGCAUGCUCGAAAGUAUUUUAGGAAAACCUACGUUUGUGUCAGGUUUGACGAACUACCUCAGAAGACAUGCCUACGGGAACGCAGUAACAGAUGACUUGUGGAACGCCCUAGAGAAGGAGAGUUGUUCAAGAGGCAAGUGUAUUCCUGUCAAGCAGAUCAUGGAUACGUGGACGCUACAGAUGGGUUACCCYGUGGUUGMAAUGAAGAAGAAAGAUGGUACCCACUAUACGAUGACUCAGAAACACUUCCUUUAUGACCCGAGUGCUAAUGUUAGUGCWUCAAAGUACAAAUCGCCCUUCAACUACAAGUGGGUCAUUCCUUUCACAUACAAGACAAGUGCGCAAGCGUCACCCCAGAACAACGUAGCUGAUAUUGUUUGGGAUGGUUCUGGAUGGAUCAAAGGAAACUAUGGACAGAAUGGCUUCUAUCGAGUAAACUACGCUCCUGAACACUGGGUUGCGUUAACACAGCAACUGAUAUCAAACCAUGAGAUGAUUCCCAUCUCUGAUCGUGCUGGGUUGAUUGGAGACGCAUUCAGCUUGGCCAGAGCAAAAAUGAUCAACUACUCCGUGGCAUUAGAAACUACAAGCUAUAUUAGAAAUGAGACCAAAUGGGUCCCGUGGGAUGCCGCUCUCACUAAUCUAAACUACCUGAUAAGAGUGUUAUCCGAGACACGACCUGCUUACAAAUAUCUCCAGGUAAACCUCUUAUCUAUAAAAGCUAUCCAAGGAGAUGAAGUGAUGAGAGGGGAAAAAAGUAUAUUUAUGCAAAUAAACCCACGGUACAAUCGUGGCGAAAUGCUUUCCAUCUACUGCAGAGCAGGAAAUAAAAAAUGCCUUGAACCUGCUCGGGAGUUUUUCAGAAAAUGGAUGGCCGACCCAGACAAAAACCCUGUCCCAUCAAACUUCCGUUCCCUAGUGUACUACUAUGGUGUCGCCGGUGGUGGAGAAGAAGAGUGGAAUUUCGUCUACGAACAAUUCAAAAAAUCUAAUGUCGCUACAGAGAAACAAAAACUGAUGUACGCAAUGGCUGCCUCCAAAGAACCUUGGAUAUUAGAAAGGUAUGUAGCAUGUACUGGGAUGUAUGGUGGAGGUUUUUUUCCGUUUAGUUCUCUCAUUGCCUCGGUUACCAGAGGAUUCACUAGUGAAUAUCAGCUUAAGGAGUUAAUAGCAUUCAAUGCCAAACAUCCAGACGCGGGUUCCGGCACCCUCGCCCUCAAGCAAGCCUUAGACCGAGUUAAAGCAAACAUCAAGUGGCUUGAAGAUAAUGAAAACGAAGUGGAAACAUGGCUAGAAAAAUUCCUUAAAAAGCGUGCUUUACUGUAGAAAACCUUUGUUUUUUGUUAACGAUUCGGCUUUCCAAAUUGAUUUGUUAAGAUGGUGGAUCCCACAAUUCCAUACGUGCAUAUACUUGUUAUGAACUUUGGAAGGAUAAAUCUUUUUUUUUUAGUUACUAAGGUUUUUCAAAAGA